AUGGGCCGAACGCCACACCGAGAUGAAAAAGAGGAGAAAGAGAGACAAAGCAGCAUCCCAGCAGGAUCUCCCCUCGACAAAUCCAAUGCACCGUUCAGGUGGGAAGACUAUCUGAGGGAAACGUCCUCCACUGCCGCGUCGCCCACUUCCUUCAAACAGUCCAGAGUCACCCCCUCCAAUGACUUCAAAGUAGGUAUGAAACUUGAGGCGCGGGACCCUCGCAACUCAAACUCUGUGUGCAUUGCAACGGUGAUGGGCAUGAUGGGUACUCGCCUUCGCUUGCGCCUGGACGGAAGUGACAACACCAACGACUUCUGGAGACUGGUUGACUCAUUAGACAUCCAACCAAUAGGAUCCUGCGAGAGGAACGGAGACAUGCUGCAGCCACCGCUGGGUUUCAGGAUGAAUGCUUCGUCGUGGCCCAUGUUCCUCCUAAAGACGCUGAGUGGCGCAGAGAUGGCUCCGGCCUCUGCUUUUAAAAAGGAACCACCCUGCCCAGUGAAAAACUACUUCCAGUCUGGUAUGAAGCUGGAAGCGGUGGACAGAAAAAACCCUUACCUGAUUUGUCCCGCCACAGUUGGAGAGGUCAGAGGUCAGGAGGUCUUUGUCAUGUUUGAUGGCUGGCGAGGCGCCUUUGACUAUUGGUGCCCCUUCGACUCCAGAGACAUCUUCCCCGUCGGCUGGUGUGCGCUGACAAAACACAGCGUCCAGCCGCCUGGACAUUUCUUUACCCUCCCUAGUGCGCUCCUCGCUCCCGUGUCUUCCACCUCAGCCUCCCUCGCUGCACGUCGCUCCUCGUCCAACUGCUCCUCGUCCUCCAUGCAGACCUCAUACCGACUGCCCAACCCCUUGCCACCCCUGCCUGUGCGCAAGGGUGUCCGAGGUCGUCGCCCCAAAUCCCAGACUAUCGCUUUGUUGAAGGCAGCGGCUGAGGCGGCGGCGGCGGCGGCUGUAAAUGGAGCUUCACAGAGCCCUGCCAGAACGAGCGCUGAGGCUCAACUGGCCCCCAGACCACACAAGAAGAGAGGGCCCAAGCCUAAGAUCAAGAAGCAGCCUCAGGUGGUGCAAUCUCUGCUGGGGGCCCCAGCAGUUACACUUCCACCUCCAGAGACCAGACUGAGCUCCGGACCCGUCGCGGCAGACAACAACCAUAGCAACGGUUCAAACGUCGUCUGCACAGUGUGCGUCUAUGUAAACAAGCACGGCAACUAUGGCCCGCACCUCGACAGGAAGCUCGUGCAGCAGCUCCCGGACCACUUCGGUCCCGCUCCAGUCAACGCCGUGCUCCAGCAGGCGGUCCAGGCCUGCGUGGACUGUACGUACCAGCCCUCCGUGAUGCUGUCGUUCCUUCAGAGCCAGUCCCACACAGGAGGAGAGGUCAUCAGAGUGCGGUCAGAGCACGGUAUUCGCUACGUGAAGCUUCCCUCCGCCUCCAGUACGUCUUCUGUGCUGCGGUUCCUGGAGAACAUGUGCCAACAUCUGGAGAGUGACAGCCUGUUCAGCUCGCAGCCAUUCAGCCCCUUCAGCAACAACACGCGCUUCUACAACAGGACCAAGUCAGAACCGCUGUCCCACCCUGAGAACGGCCUGUCCAACGACGAUUCCACAAAGGAGCCCACUCCCAACACCCGCCCCCCUCACACCGCAUCGGACUACAGAGCAACAAAGAAGGAGCGGCCUUAUUACCCCGGACACACACUCACGCCACCACCCCUACGACGCGUCAGCUCCAACCCGACUGAACUCGGCCAGAUGUGUCCACCCAGACGAGUGGAGGCAGCCAGCUCAACGACAGGCUCAGACCACCUGAAACAGGACAAGGAGGGUUCAGGGAACGACGCCUCUUCCUGGUCAGUUGACGAGGUCAUGCGAUUCGUCCAAGAGGCGGACCCCCAAACUCUCGGCCCGCACGUCGAACUGUUCAGAAAACACGAGAUCGAUGGCAGAGCUCUGAUGCUGCUGCGCAGUGACGUCAUUAUGAAGUACAUGGGACUGAAGCUGGGCCCGGCACUCAAACUCUGUCAUCACAUCGAGAGGCUGAAACAGACCAAGCAAUAGAGGAUGAAGGCACUCUCUUUUGGCACUGGCAACCAUACACACACACACACACACACACACAUACACACACACACACACACACACACACACGUUUUACUCUACAGGGAUGUUGCAGUGUAACUCCAGCUGAACCAGGGCCGUAGCUUCCAUUGUGGACACUGAGGUCAAGCGCUCUUUAUUUAUUUGCGUGUUUGUGGAUUAGCAAUCUGCAGAGAUAUUACAAAUACAGACGUGCACAUGGUCAUGGUAUUUUUUUAGAAUCAAGCUGUUUAAAUUGGACUUUUUUUAGACUAACUCAUACAUAAAUCAACAACAUUUAGACGAGAAAGUAUAAUGGAACAGUUAACUGAAUAGAUACAAUAUGAAAAACCCAUGUUGUUAAAAGCAUUCAUUUAGAUUGCAGGUGGUGUGGCGUGCAUCAGGGUACUCAUGACCUCAGCAUGUCUUAAAUCCAGACUACGGCCCUGAUCUGAACCCAUUUGUUUUUAAAUUUACUUUCACCUUAAAAGACACACAGUACAUGAUGUCAUCACUUGCAUACGUGUAAUUAGUAUCGGAUAUCUCAGCAUUUGUUUAUGUUCGUGUCUUUUUGCCUUAUUGUGAACAGCUGGAUGCCGUCAUUUAUCAAACUUUAAUUUACCAGACAUGCUGUAGGUAUUGCGGCUUUGUCUCUUCAGGUAUCAGCUGUAUAAUCAUUUUUAUUUUUUUGCAAUUAUGUUUCUGAAUGACUACGUCUUUUACGAGCUGUCAAAAUUAGUUAAUGCAAGCCAAUGGACGUAUGAAGUUGUGAGCAUAAUUACUAACAGGUACUACAGAACAGGAGUGCCCCAGUUAUGUGAAGGAGAAGCGUUGAAGGGUUUCCAAGAUGUCGGAUCAUCUUGGUGAAUGAUUCCUGUCCUCAAACACUUUUUUGGACAAAGAUCAUAAAAUAAUUGAGCAGAGUGGGCACCACUUAAACGAUGGAUGGAACCUUGAAAAUCAGUUACUGAAGAGUGAUUUCUCUUUUUUAUUCGAGUCUGUUUCGUGUGCUGAAGACAUUCGAGCUGAACAGUUUCAACUUGAGCCCUGAUGUGGCUCCAUGAUUGUAUAAUGCUGGACCGUCACACUCGAUAGAGCUCUGACUGGAAUACUGUGAGUUCUGACAUUCACAUAAGACCUAAGGGAGAGUACGUGAUGGGUAAACUGUUUUGUUUAGAGUUAAGCCAAAAGGUUGUUUUUUUAAAUAUCAUUUUGUACUGUAACACAUUGUAUCAAGCGUAAGUGUAAUCAUCAGUUUUCUUUUUCUGCCUGAAACCUUUUUUGUAUACCCCCUCAAAUAACUACAUGCAGGACAAUGCUGUGUCUGACUAAUUAGUCACAAGUCUCAAAGUAUUGAUCUGUUUUUUUCGAUGGCAGCGAUACUAAUUUUCUGAACAUUUCAGAGCCCUCUUUUCGAACCAAAUUGUUGUUUUGUUGUUGUAUCUGCAUUUCCCACUGUUGCAAGUCGAUACUUGAACCCGUCUUGCUUUAAUGUGAAACUCAGGUUGUAGUGGGGGUUGUUUCGUAGAUGUUUUACAUCUCCAGCAAGUUGUGUUCAUUGCUACGACGUAGAGGGACUGCACAAUAACCAACUAUGUAUAUUUUCUAUGCCUUGUCAUCAAUCGCUCUGUCUGCAGCCUUUCAUGUGUAAAUAUGCGACUUUUUACUGUAAGUUCAACAAGAAGUGGUCGUUGAAUAUGUUUGAUAUGCAUUCACACGAUUAAACAUUUGUUUACAUCCUCUAAA